GAUUGGCCUUCUACUUCUGGGCAAACCUCUGGACAGAGAGACCACUGAUCAGUACCGUCUGAUUGUCACAGCCUCUGACGGCAAUCCUGGAGGGACAUCCACUACUACUGUGAACAUAGUUGUCACUGAUGUCAACGAUAAUGACCCUGUGUUUAACCUCACCAUGUCCACUAAUUUUACUGUGCGAGAGGAAGAGGCUGAUUUGUUCAUAGGACAAGUAAAGGCCACAGAUCCAGAUGCAGGGGCUAAUGGCCAGGUGCGCUACCGGAUCGUGAAUCACCCUGACUUGUUUAAAAUCAGUGAAAACGGCAGCAUCUAUACAAGAGUGCCUCUGGAUCGGGAGCUCAGGAGCCAAUAUGACCUGGUUGUAGAGGCCUCAGAUGGGGCAGUGGAUCCACGUAGGACCAGCUUGACCCUCUCAAUCCAGGUCAUGGAUAUCGACGACAACAGCCCAGUCUUUUCCCAGCAAACCUAUGUGGUGAACGUACCUGAGAACAGCCCAAUAGGAACUGUGGUUCUUAAGCUAAGCGCGGUGGAUGCAGACCUCUUCUCCAACGUCACAUAUCGGAUCAAGGCUGAAUCGGCCAGGCAGCUGUUCUCUCUGAACCCCGUCACUGGAGAGUUAGCUGUGCUGCAGACCCUGGACUUUGAGGAUCUGGCAGCUAUGGGCAUGGGGGCUUCUUACACUUUCCAGGUGGAGGCUGUCGACCAAGGAGGGGUCACGCCUCCAGGGCAAGCUACCGUCACGGUCCGCAUCACGGACAUGAAUGAUUUUUCCCCCAUCUUUAGCCAAGACCUGUAUAAGGGCAUGGUGGCACCCAAUGCAGAAAAAGGAACAGUCAUUACAACUGUUUUCGCAGAGGACCAAGACCCACCUGGCACUCCGGCCAGUUUUGUCCGCUACAGAGUGGACCUGGACAGGUCACCGUACAGUGGGAGCAUCUUUGAUGUGGAAGAGGAAAGUGGAAGAGUUAUCACUAAGGUCAACCUCAAUGAAGAGCCCAGCGUCACCUUUAAGUUGUUUGUGAUAGCCUAUGACAAUGGGGAGCCGGUGAAGUCCAACAGUACUUUGGUGGAGAUCACCGUCCUUCAGCCUUCUCGCAUCCCAAUCUUCACCCAGGAAGAGUAUAAGUAA